AGGUGGUGGGUUCUCAAACUGAAUAACAUGCCGCUGUCAGUGUGUUGCAAGGUGGGUCGUCAUCGCCAGGCGGAGGAACGGCUCCUGGAGAACCUCUUCACUGGCUACAACAAGUUCUCCCGACCGGUGGCCAACUCUUCAGACACCGUCUUUGUCCAUUUCGGACUGUCCAUCGCCCAACUUGUGGACGUGGAUGAAAAGAACCAGAUGAUGACCACAAACGUGUGGGUGAAGCAGUCAGUCAGUCUUCUUCACAUCCCACCUUCCCCCUUGGUUCAACAUGGUGACCUUUCCACUUGAUUUGACACCUGGCCACUCUUGUUGACUUUCCAGGAAUGGGAUGACUUUAAACUGCGCUGGGAUCCCUCGGAAUAUGAGAAUGUGACUUCCAUCAGGAUCCCAUCAGAGCUCCUCUGGAGGCCUGACAUAGUCCUCUACAACAAUGCGGAUGGGGACUUUGCUGUCACUCACCUGACCAAGGCCCAGCUGUUCCACAGUGGCCGAGUCAAGUGGACACCUCCGGCCAUCUACAAGAGCUCCUGCAACAUUGAUGUCACCUUCUUCCCGUUUGACCAGCAGAACUGCACCAUGAAGUUUGGAUCAUGGACCUUUGACAAAGCCAAGAUAGACCUGGUGAGCAUGGACAGACAGGUGGACCAACAGGACUACUGGGAGAGCGGAGAGUGGGCCAUCAUUACCGCCAUUGGCAACUACAACAUCAAGAAGUACGAGUGCUGCGUGGAAGAGUAUUCGGAUAUCACCUACUCCUUCCUAAUCAGGAGGCUCCCUCUCUUCUACACCAUUAACCUCAUUGUCCCUUGUCUUCUCAUCUCCUUCUUGACCAUGCUGGUCUUCUACCUGCCCUCGGACUGUGGGGAGAAGAUCACCCUCUGUAUCUCGGUCCUCCUUUCACUGACUGUCUUCCUGCUGCUUAUUACGGAGAUCAUUCCUUCCACCUCGCUGGUCAUCCCCCUCAUCGGCGAGUACCUGCUCUUCACCAUGAUCUUCGUCACUCUCUCCAUCAUCAUCACGGUCUUCGUGUUGAACGUACAUCACCGCUCGCCCGACACCCACAUCAUGCCUGCCUGGGUGCGGAGAUCCUUCCUCCAUUUCAUCCCCCGCCUGCUCUUCAUGCAAAGACCUCCAGCCGGCAACAAGGAUUGCCGAGAAUUUCUCGGUCUCGUCACCGGCAGAGCAGGGCUGUCGAGCAACGGUGACCAAAAGCACCUCAGGCUGUCCUUGGUUCAUUCUCAGGGGGAGGAGGAGAGAUGCCAAGCACUGUGCAUGGUGCCACCUGCCCAGUGUACCUCAUGCAGGAUGGGAGAGGCGGCCGGAGGGUGUUCAGGGAAGGCCGGCAGUGUGGCAUUGAGUCCUGGCAUGGAGCAAGCUGUGGAUGGAGUCCGCUACGUUGCUGACCACCUGCGGGCAGAGAAAGCCGAUGCCUCCGUGAAGGAAGAUUGGAAAUAUGUUGCCAUGGUGAUCGACAGGAUCUUCUUGUGGAUCUUCAUCAUCAUUUGCCUGCUGGGAACCCUAGGACUCUUUCUGCCGCCAUGGAUGGCGGGAAUGCUGUGAGCUGGGAUCGACUCAUGAUCCGCUCCCAUGGGACUAAGGCUUCCUGAUUGACAUUCCCCAUCUGCCCAGAGUGAUCUCCAUCUGCCCAAGGAAGCAAGACCCAUGUGGACAAAAGACAUCAGAAUAUCAUGAGGAUACAAUGUUUGAUUUGAUUUAGUUUAUUGUCAUUGUCUUCAAUUAAGAGACAACAAAAUUAUCUUUCCCUUACAAAAAAUUAAAAAAA